GGGCGGAGCGGCCGGGCUGCCCCCGGGGCCGGCUUCGCCAUGGCCCGCCAGCUCAUCGGCCCCGCGCUGCCGCCCGGCUUCCCGCGCCGCGCCGAGGCCGAGCCGGGCGAGGACUUCAGCCAGGUUGCAGGACCAGCACUGCCUCCAGACUACAAAAGCAGCUGCAGCUCAGAAACUCCUGACAGCGAUGAUGACUCAGAAUCUCUUCCUCUACCCAGAGAUGCAAACAGAGAUUCUGAAGAGGAGAAAGAAGGAGAUCCAGCACCCAAAAAGCCAAAAAGAAUUCAAGAAGACGAUGAUGAUGAUGAUGGCUUUUUUGGGCCAGCUCUUCCUCCUGGAUUUAAAAAACAGGAUGAUUCUCCAGAGAGGCCCAUUAUAGGUCCUGCAUUACCACCUGGCUUUAGGAAACCUUCAGAGGACACCAGGAGAUGUUCCAUAGGACCGUCUGUUUCAUCAGAAUCCCGUCCCCAGCUGACAGAUAGCAGCGAGGACGAAGACAAUUUUAUAGGCCCAAUGCCUGCAAAAGGACCAGUGGAGUCUGAUGUGGCUAAAGAGUUUGAACGCAGAGCUCAGAGAAUGAAAGAAAAGCUUACUUCAGCAGACAGCGAUGAACCCAAACAAGUUACCAGGGAAUCGUGGAUGACAGAGCUUCCACCUGAGUUGAAAAGCUUUGGAUUUGGCCCAAGAACAUUCAAGAGACGAACUGAUGAUAAAUCAGGUGAUAGAUCUAUCUGGACAGAUACUCCAGCUGACAGAGAGAGAAAAGCCAAGGAAAGAGAAGAGGCAAAAAAGUCAAGCAGUAAGGAUAAUGAAGAAAUGGUAUUAUCUGGGAGAGACAAGAGGCUCACUGAGCAGGUGACUUCAUACAAUGAGUCAAAGAGGCCAGAGUCUCUCAUGGACAUCCACCAGAAAAAGCUGAAGAGCAAAGCAUCCGAAGAAAAGAGCAAACCUCAGGAAAGAAGGCCAUUUGACAGAGAGCAGGAUCUCAAAGUCAAUCGCUUUGAUGAAGCACAAAAGAAAGCUCUUAUAAGAAAAUCCAGAGAUCUGAAUAGUAAAUUUGAGCACAGUAAAGGCAACAUGUUUUUAUAAGAUGAAAGCAUUAAGCUUUUUUGAAGUGAAGUCAAUUAAAAUUUGAAUACUUAAUUUUUUGUAAGUAUUUUUCUGUAAAUAUUUGUAUGCAAAAUAAAUAUCCUGAUGUUUACCUAUUUUUCCUUGUUUGUAAAUACUCUCUGAGGGAGGAUCAUCUGUACUAAAACUAAACUACUAAAAGAAGGUCCUGGAAUUAAAAAAAAAAAUUAAAAAAAAUUGCUUCUUUAAAACUUUGAUAUGCAUAUUUUUUGUUGUUAACAUAAAAAUGAUUAAUUAAAAUAGGUGGUUUUUUUAAGGAGCUCUAGAUUUAAUUUUGCAAUGGAGUUGAUAGUUUUCUCUUUUGUCCUGCAUGCUUAAGGUACUCUUUCUCAGCCUGACCUGAAGGCCAUGGAAAAAUUUCCUUUACAUCUAUAUGCAGAACAUUAUUUGACUGGAAUUCCUGCUGGGGAGUAUAAACUCAAAUGGCAGCUUUUACAUUUGCCUAGUGCUUUUAUUUCUGUCAUUCUGUGUCUGUACAUAAAUACAGGUUUAUGUGUAUGCAGUAUAGUUUCUGCAGUACAGCAGGAAGAGCUAAGGGUAGCAGGACUAGUGAAACCUCAAGGUUUUCAGAGUUAGUUGUAAAAUGGUAGUAUAUGAGAAGAGAAAAUCUAAUUUGAGUUUUAAUUUGUAGGGAUUGUCAUCAGAAAUCCCUAUUUUUUUAAGCACAUACAGUAUGAAAAUCAGAAUAAGGCUUAUAUUGUCCAUUAAUUUGCAGACCAGAACAGCUCUUCUGUAAGGAAGGAAAUAAAACUGACAUUUUAAAAAGUCUACAUUCAAGUUUAGAGUUCUUUACCUCUUCUGUGGGUUAGCAGCAGAAAGGGUUGUUAAACCUUGCAAAGGCCUGCUCAGGGAGGUGGUGGGGUCAGCAUCCCUGAAGGUGUUCAAUCAGUCCAAGGUUGAACUCACUGAUUUAGAAAUCUUUUCCAACCUAAAUGAUUGUAAUUCUGUGUUAAUUAUUUAAAAUUAGACCUGUGCUUUCACCCUUUGUCUCAAAUGUUUAGGAUCCUUCUUAAGUGAUUACUGAAAGUACCUAUACAUGAAAACAACUCUAAAUAUGAGAUGCUGGUAAUUUGUUUGGAAGUAUAAAUACUGUAUGUAUUAUAAAUAAAUAACUGUAAUUUGAAAAAAAAUCCUGUAAUUUGGAAAAAGGCUACCCUGAGAGACGGUGUCUUGGUUACUUCAUAUUUAAUGGAGCAGUGACCUAACAAGCUCCAGAAAUGAGUAGUUAAAAACUCGGUCUUGUUUUAUUGCAUUUGUGUGUGAACUGGAGACACAGGCUUCACGUGCUGAGAAGUUUUGGAGAGUUUCCAGUGUUGCGAAUGAGUGCUUAUGUGGAAUGUAUUUAGGUACCACUUUUUAUUUUAAUGGACAAUUUAUUUUGCCAGCUGAAAAAUCUGCUACCUUCAGGAGAAAGACUGAUUUUGUAUUGUGUCUGCUUUUUAUCAGUUUUUAGUUUCUGAGCCUUCUGUUUUGAGGUGAGAGGAGGGUUUAAAUAAGAGCUAUUUAUUUUUCUUCCCCUAAUACAGACUUCUCUUGCCUCAUGCUUUUUUAACUCAGCAAGCAAAGCCUCAUUAAGAUUCUACUUUCUGAGCAAAUGUAGAUUUCUUUAUUGGAAAAGCAGUAUUAGAAAUGUCUGUGAUUUUUUUAGGCAACUAAAGCGAUGACAGGGUGAGCAUGGAGUGACUAGCUAAAUUUUCACAGCUGAGAAAAAAUUAUUUGAUGAGUGCAUUGUGCAAUCCAUGCUCAUUCAAAGUCUGGAGCAAGGAUGAGGGCUGCUUGUAUAAAAAUUUUGUUGUUUUUCUGUGCUCUGUUUUGAUUUUUGUUCUUUGGCCCCUCCUACAAAGUGAAGGCCAGUCAUCAGAGGUCACAGACGGCCAGAUCCAGUUGGCUCCCUGCUGUUUGCUCUCUGCCCUGCCUGGCCCCAUCAUGGUCUCCUGCCCUGUCCAAGGCCACCUUUGAGAGGAGGCUCUGCAGUGUUGCUCGAGAGGAGAACUCUCAUGACAGGAGUGCAGCAGCCCCUUUGCCAUCACACACUUCUCUUCCAUCUGUGGGACACGUGGUUCUUAUUAAUGAAGCCUUGGUGCAAGCUGGGAACUUGGUUUGGACUUUUUUUUCCCCCCACUCUGUGGCAGCUUCUUAAAGACUUGAUGGUAUCAGUGUUACAAACUUGUGGGGGAAAGCGGAGUUGUUGAGAGUUCAAGUUAAACUUUUCAUUACUUCAUGUAAAUUGUAUGAACCUUUGAACUGAAUUAAUACACAAACUCAUCUCUGACUCAUGCCAAGCCAUUCCCUCAAACAGUCAUUACAACAAGCAGUAACUCAGUAAAUUACAAGCUCUGUAAGCUUUUAUGGGAAAAGAUAUCUUCUACAAUUUGGAGAAGUUGUAAAGCGUUUCUGCUGAAAUGUUAAGGGGUGCUUUUUUCAGAUUCUAAUUUGAAAAACCAGAACCUAUUUCACAGAGAAUCUUCACCGUAGUUACUAUGCAGUGUUUCUGGUAACCAGCUCCCAACACAGAUUUCGUCUGUGCUGUUGCUAUUCGGCAGUGCCAGCCCAUGUCACAGCAUACUGACUCCAGGCAUAUCAGGAAAUCCUCUUUUGCUAUAAAAAAUUGUCAGGGACGUUUUCUUGGAUGUGAAAAGUCUACCAGCCUAGAUUUUAGUGUGCUUGCCUUUGGUUUGUGCUGGCAUAGACGUCCUUUAUUUAUACUGAUGUUGAACUUUCCUGCUCAAGAUUGAGGUCUCCCUCCUGAAAUGUAAAACAGGUGUGUAAUGCAUAGUAUAGUCAAUUAAAAAAAGGCUUUUUGGUAGGUGUAUGAUAAAUCGUGUGUAUAAAAGGAAUUUUAAGGAGCAUUAUAUGUUAAUAACAAAAAAGAAAGGGAAAGAAUAUAUUUUUUUGAAAAAAACAAUUGUUGAGUUUGCUGUUACCAAGGAGCAAUUAAAAGCAAUAAAGACAUUUCAAGAAAACUUGCUGAUUGUUUUGUAUGUGUCUUCAGGACAAAUAUAUUGAGCUACCAUGCUGUCUGAGAUGGAAAAUUUUGUUAGAAUAUUGUACAGUAAUACCUGGGUAAAAUCUCUGUUUAUGCUCUUCCAAUGUAAACACCUCUUUGUGGAGUUACUUUUUGCUUUUGCUGUUGCAGAAUGGAUAUUGGAGCAUGCCCUCUGUGUGUUGGCUUUCCUGGGAUGAACUGCAUUUCCCAAAUAAUCAACAGCAAUAGAAGUGUUUUAUUUAGGGCUUUGAUAGCAUCAUAUUGAUAGCACCAAAAUGGCAUUGUAGAAACAUCUUUCUUCUAGAAAGAAACACUGAGAUGAAACAUUGAUAUAUUUCUGUCCAAUAGGAAAGGGGACACAAAAGAAGAUUUAAACUUCUCCACAUAAAAGAAGAUUUUAAAUGUUCCAGAGGAUUCUGCAAGUCCAGGGCUAAUUGAGCUUGGGGAGUAAUUUUGAUUCUGAAAUGUAAAUUUGUUGUUCUUUCUGUCCAGCCAGUUACAAAUCACAUGUUGAUUUAAGAGUCACAUAGC